AUGCCGAUACCUACGCGAAGGCUUUCCCUCCGCGAGCCUCACAUCGCCCAGCAACGGAAACCUCCCGAUCUCGACCGCGAAGUUACGAUCCCCGAAAUCGAAAGUCCCCGGUCAAUCAAACCCCGCUCAAACACCAUAUCGACCACUACCACAACGUCUACAACCGGGUUGACAUCCGCACCAUCCCGGAACUCAAAUCUGCCUUCGCAUAACCAGCCGAUGUCAAUCUCGGGCCUUCCACAGCCAGCCACUACCGCAGCACCAACAAACUCUGGAGGCAAUGGUGGCAAUGUCGAUGAUCGCGCCAUCCCAUCCCGUCGUCGCAGUUUCUUGCCACAGCGGAGCACCUGGCAGAGGGGUGGUGGAGGAAUGGUUCCUUCGGGUAGAUCACAGCUACAGAUGGAGGAUAAUACAUUACUGAUACGGCCACGCAUUCAAGAAGCCCAUGCUCCAGCGCCCCAGCCACCUGUGUCAGCCCCACCUGCUGAAACCUCGGCUCCCGUCCCAGACCUUCCACAGCUACUUCCUCCGCUAUCGCCGUCAAAGCUAUCUAGACCGGUGGCAAGUCCUACGCGAACCCAGGCUGUAGGCGUGAGCCGAUUGGAGCGACCGGGGUCGGCGAAUGCGCCUAAAUCGGACACAUUGAAUUGUGUAGAUGGACCUACCUCCCGCACUCGCCUGGAGAGAGCUGGGUCCUCCAGCACCACCAGCUCGCAAUUAUCGAGACCGCAGAGUGUGCAUAUGGCAGCAAAGGUUGAGAGGCCUGGCUCGUCAAGCACAAUAACCUCACAGGGAUCGAGAACACAAAAUAAAUCCACACAGCGCUUAGAGAGGCCUGAACGGCUUGGAUCAGGGAACACACCCAUACCGGAGGCUAGGAAACUUCAAACUGCAAGCGUAACUCGAUUGGAGAGGUCCGCAUCGUUAAGGCAACCCAUUGCGUCGACGAGAGUUUACCACAACUGCGAACCAUUCGCGGCACCAGAGCCAGGUUGUAGGUUUCGACGAAAGGUCAUACAGCAACAUUACAGUCCCAAAAAGGGACCGAAAACCAAGCCGCCUAUUCCUCCUGCCUCGACAUCCCCUACAGUCACAACUGUGGGGGCACGAGCUGGAAUAGAGCCGUCCUCACAGACCAAUCCUCAUGUAGCAGCCCUGCAAAUAGAACUCCUCCAACUCCAUCUCCUUCAUACCGACUCUAUACGAGCUAAACGAGACUGGGAAUACAAUGUUGAAGAGCAACUGAGUAAACAGUACAAAACAGUCGUGGCCAAGUACCAUACACUUCUCGCUCAAGAGCAAGCAGCGCAGCGUUAUAUCAACAACCAAGCUCUUAGCAAAUUAGCGGCAGAUAGCAAACCAAACACGAACAAAAGCAGCACGAAUGAUCACAACGGUGCUUACGACUUCUCGGAGCAAAUACAGGUAUUGUCCCGUGUGAUACAGGAUGUCGCAACGCUUACAGAUAUGCGCGGGGGCAGAUAUAUUUCGUGCGUCCGCACCUUUGGGAAAUGGUUCGACCACGUGGCAAGGGUGAGACAGGGCAGGGCCGGAAGCCGGAAUUGGCCCCGGCCCCAAGAAUCAGCCGUUACCGUUAGCAAACGCAGCGGCAGCGGCGAUGAUGACGACGAUUGUAAUUACGACGCGGACCGGAACGGUGAUAAUGAGCAGGACGCAAGCAGCCACAAGUACGAAUUCAUACACCCCCUUAGCUUCAGGUGGAAGGAGGAAGUCACUACGCUGGCUAUGAAACUGGAACUCUGCGCCAGAGAGCUAGACUGCCUUGAUGUGGAUAUGCGAAUGGCAGGCGGCGAAGAAACAAGUGUCGAUUUAGAUACGGGUGGUCAAUCUGGGGAUGGAUAUCCCCCAUCGUCUGCGUUGGUUCGCGUUGUGAAGGGUCAUAAAAUGCUGUUAGCGUCGAUGAUUGAGGAGUUGGAGGUUAUGAGUGCGGUUGAGGCGGAUGUUGGGGAGUUGGAGGGGUUGUGGGUUCGGGAGGCAGUUGAUCGGCUGUGUUUCUGUGGUACCGCUGCUUUUGCCAGUGGUGAGAGGGAAGAGAGACGGCCCGGUUUGGGCUGUUGUGUAAGCUGA